UUGUAUGGACUAGUACUCAGACUCAGUACAUCUCAGUACCUUGCGGUAGGCGCACAACAAGUUUAAUGAAUUUUCGUAUUUCAUUGAACAUUACGGUUCGGGGUCCCACAAAGAACACACACGCGAUGUGAAAUAUUAUUUUUAGAAGAAAAAAAAAACAAGAAACUAGCAAAGCAAAAUACGAGCGCAAAUAAAUAACAUAACAAAUGCAAAUUAUGAAUUCAUUGAAUGAAGCGUCCAAGUGAAAAUUAUUCACCAAAUUUUUUAUUUAAAGCAUCCAUGCUAACGUUGUGAAGAAUAUAAAUCAUUGAUUUAUUCAUAUUUAUUUAAUAUACAACAAGUGAAUGUUAUCUCUGAAAAAAUGACAAACAUAGAUUGUAAAUCGAGGCGUGGCACCAAAAUAUCGGUGAUCAUUUUGGGCGGCGCUUUAUGUGCUGUAAUGAUGGCUUAUUUUGUCUUUGGCGAUAAUAAUGAUGAGCGGGGCCUACGCAAUUUACGUAUGAUAUCAAUACUCUUCAGACAUGGGGAAAAAAAUCCCAGCGGUCUCUAUCCAAAUGAUCCGCAUAGUACUCACGAAUGGCCAGGUGGUUUGGGAGCUUUAACACAGAAAGGUAGUUUACAAUCCUACAAUUUGGGCAAAAAUCUGCGCAUGCGCUAUUAUCGGUUACUACCUCCCAAUGGUCUCUACACGCAGCAGCAAGUAUCGGUUUUAAGUUCCGCAGCAGAACGUUGCCUUAUGAGUGCCAAUAGUUUGUUGGCAGGAUUCAUGCCGCCAUUGGAGCAUAAUAAUCCCUUGCCCAUUGAAUGGCAGACAGUGGCAGUGAAUUCUAUACCAAGGAAUGAGGAUACGUUGCUAGCCCAAAAGAAACCUUGUGCCAAAUAUGAUACAAUUCUGGAGAAAUUGUAUAAAUCACCACCACCGGACUUAAAGAAAAUCGAUGAGGAAAAUUACAAUCUUUAUCGUCUGCUGACCAAACACACUGGCAAGAAUAUCACCUCGGUCUUGGAUGUGGAACUGUUGUAUAAUAUUUUGAAAAUCGAGAGUGAAGCUGGUCUUACACUACCCGAUUGGGCAGAGAAUAUAUAUCCGGAUCGUUUGGAACCAUUGGCAGAACGUAGUUAUACCCUAUUUACCGAAACGAAUCUCAUGAAAAAGGUGAAGGGUGGAGCUUUUCUAACGGAAAUUCAUUCCAAAAUGAUAAACAAAAGAAAACGAAAUUUAAAUCCAGAUAGAAAAAUAUUCCUAUACUCAGGGCAUGAUGUCACCCUGGUCAAUGUUAUGAACUCUUUGAACAUAAUGGAUCAGACAGCGAAAUUGCCAGAGUAUGCUUCAGCUUUGGCAUUUGAGCUGCAUCAUAGUUCAUUGUUUAAGGAUGAUUUUGAAGUGAAGAUUGUCUAUUAUUACAACAGCGAUGAUAAAUUCCCCAAAGAAUUGGCCAUACCCAAUUGUGAUGCCCCUUGUUCCUUGACCCAAUUUACCGCUUCAAUAAGUCAUUUACUUUUGGAUAAUUAUGAUGAGACCUGUGAGAAUCCCACACCCGCCGAUUGCAAAACCUAGCUGGUGUACAUUUGUGUGGGCCUUAUAAAACAUGGGGGUUGGGGAAGAAUUUAUUUUGUUGUUAUAUUGUUGAGGAGUAUUUAUUGUUAAGUGUAACUGUGUAUUCAUUAAAAUGUACGUACUUUGAACUGAUGUGUGAUAUUGAACCACUUAAUAAACAUUGUUGUUUAUUAAAUUAAA